AUUCAUUCCAGUCGAAUCCCGGAGUAUUGCCCCUAGAUAGACGAAGGCAAGUGUGGACGCCGCAACGUAAAGAUUCGACUGGUGAACGCCGUUUAAGCCGCUCAUUCUGGCAGCCUCACAAAAUAGUGAAAGCGAUAACAAUAACUCUGUUAGCGGCAGUGGCUGCGAUAAAAAGACCUUCUCGUUGCAUUGCUGUUGCGUGAUAGUCGACAUAACGCCAGUUUCACAGGCCGGACGUUUGACUUCGGCAACAACGGCUUCGGGAAGGGAUGUGACCGCUGGUGGCGGUGGGGCAAGUAGUGGAGGAAGCGUUUUGGGCGAUGGUGUGACACAACUGGCGAAUAGUCUGUUUCGAUUCGGCAGUAGUAAGAAACGUCCUGUGUGCAUCUGCAAUGCACAGUGUCGUUUGCAGCCAUUUGGCGAAGGUACUCUGGGUCCGACGAUAAAAACGCAUCAUGGCUCGCUCGACCGCCUACUGCAGCAGCAGCAACAAGAGGAACUGCAUCCGGCCACCUCUUCGGCUCGCACAAUCGGUGGUGUAGUGGGUGAAGGUGGUAAGGGUGCCCUCUUGAUGUCAGCCGAAUCUGAUGAUGACGUGGUCGAUGAUGAUAAGGAUUCGAAAGCUCCUCCUCCUCUCCCUCCCCCUCGUCCACCAUCCCGCAGCAAACUGAAUGUCCAGCAAGUCAAAGAAGAGUUCGACAAAGGCGUAGAAGUGGAGAAAUUUUACCAUCAAAUAAACGGCGACAUUUUCGAAAUCACGCGCAGAGUCCGAGCUCGCAAUGAAGACACAAUUGAACAGAAACUAAUCAAAUGUAGAGAUCCUAAGAGAUUACCCCCACAAGCGCCUCCAAAGAAAGAACCUUCAGCUGCCCCUCAUAUCCACACCCAUACUCACAAGCAUCAUCACAGGCAUGCAGAAGAACAAAAGCCUCAACUGCCACCUCGGCGUCAGAAAAGUGCCGAAGAAGUUCCCGUGUCCAAAGACUGCAAACGAUCACCCGAUGAACUCGAGUGGUUUGAUCGCAAAGCUCAACAAAGGCAUUCGUCGCGCUCAGCCGAAAGUGGUACCGUGCGUGAUGAGACUAUGGAGUGGUUGGAACGCCAGCGUGUACCAGCUCGUACUUCAUCCGGCCCCAGUGAAAUAACUGUGAUGAAGGAUGAACUACCGGAAUGGUUACUUGAGCAUCUGCCUCGCAAGCGUUCGGUGGCUGAAAGACAGCAUACGCCACAGCAGGCUGAAAGCCGACCCAGCACCUCGUCCUACGCAAAGGCUUUAAAAGAAGAGUUGACUGAGUUAUUGAAGAAACCGUUGUCGCGCCAAAGUUCGGGGCCUGGGGAAAUUUCACUUCUCAAAACCGACCUAGUGGAGUGGCUGACAAAGUCAACGAAAGCCUUGACAGCCCGCGAAGAAGCAUCGGCGGCAACAAUAAAAACUAGGAGACCACAUCAUCGAAGAAACGGUAGUGGAGAUACUCCUCGAUCACACUCGCACGAGGACGAUGUCAGCCAGCAUCCAGCCCGGAAGCGACAUUCACUUGGCUACAGUGACCGAAGUGAAGAAAGCAUACCCGACUGGAUUGCCUACCCACUGAAUCGUUUGCAAUCAAUAGGCAAAACGCCGGUAGACAGGCGUUCAUCUCAUCAAAGUUUCGUAGAACUACCACAAAAAUCAUCAACUCCCUCGGCCCAGCCACAGCCUCAGACACAGCAUCAAACACAGCCCUCUGCACAGCAAAUAUGUUCAGAUCGACGAUAUCAAGAACAACGAAUAAGGGAUAGACGCCUUCGACACUCGGCCAGUGAAGUAGUUACCGUCUCGACACCAACACCUGCAACCGCAACCAAUGUUGAACGCCUCUAUGCCAAGCCGCACAAAGAGCGUUAUCAAUAUGUACCCAAAGACGAGUUAAUGCCACCCCAGUUGCCACCCAAAACAAGUAAAACCUCAACCCAACAACAAAGCUCACGAGAAUCAAAACGAGAUCGUUCCAGGAGGCACCAAACCCAGCGGUCGGCAACCAUAUCUGACAUGACUGCUUCACACAACGGUCUACUGAAACGGAAGUCGUCAUCAGCCGAGCGAGCGCCACGCUCUCCGUCACCCUGCACAGAUCCCUCAUGUCCCCUGCUGCCCAUUUGCACUGAUCCCAAUUGCCGUUUUCUCGAAUGCCAGUCGACCAGCCAACGAAAAAUGCCAUCGUCGUCGUCAACGUUGAAUCUGUUGCGAAAUCAACAACUAACAAAAGCUCAAAUGCACACAGUACCUCCGUCAGAUGACGGUUCAGCUCCUCCACCGCCAUCGUCAAAAGUGCCGCCCGCUCAAAAUCAGCAGAAGCGCAAGUUUGUUAUCUGCCAUGAUUGCCGUUAUUGUGCUCCGCUCAGUUGUCGGAAUCGAAAAUGCUUGAAUGCUCCUAAGUGUAACUCACUGCCUCGCUGCGCAGCCGACUUCAAUCGGUUGCGUACAACCCUUGCACAGCCACCUGCCUUACUUUACGAUAUCGAGCCUGCCGCUCCAGUAUUAUCGUUGCUCACAUCAACGAAGCGUACCGACCAACGCAGCAACUCACAGCCCAACACACUCCAACGCGGCGAAUCGUGUACCUUGCUUGGCCCCGUUGUGGCAAAGCGAAAACAUCAAAACGGCCAUGCCAAUGGCACCAACGGAAAACUCACAAAGUCUGCCUCUGCAGCAUCGCUAGACGAACGUCGACGUCGCCACAAAACCGUUCACUUCGGUGAGAAUCUCUUAAGAGAGGUGUGUCAGAAUCGCAAACUAAUUAAAUAUGAGCAAAAACCGUCCGGUUCACAGCCAUCCCAAACCAAUGGUGAACUGUUGUACAAUUUUGUCGAAGGAGUCCUCAGUGCUUGGCAUGACGACGAAGACGAUGAUCAACUGCGAUCAGGUGCUGAAUCGGAGCCCGAGCAUGGUACUGUGGCACUCAAACCACUGCAUCGCUACGAUGUCAUACGUUACCAAGUCAUUAAACGAGUUGUUAACGAAGCAGCCGAACUGCACGGAACCCUACAUUUGGGUAAUUCCCGUUUUCGCCACCGACAUUGGCGCAGCACCGCGAAACAGUGCAACGAGAUGUUCUUGAGGAAGAUUUCCGACGAUGACCGCAUGAGCUUAACUACAGCCGUAUCGGAUGAAGAUGAUGGCGAAAGUGUCAUGGCGUCACCAUAUAAAGCAAAAGCAACUGGUACAGCUGCCUCAUCAUUCAAUUGCACUGGAGCUGUACGUAAAGCUGGUUUCCUGUCGGUGAAAAAAUGGUUAUUACGCAAAAAGCAUCAAAUCGAAUUGGCCCGUAAGCGUGGCUGGAAGGGUUAUUGGGUGUGUUUGAAGGGUACCACGCUACUCUUUUAUCCGUGCGAUUCGCGUGAGGGUCGCAGUGUGGAGGCGGCACCAAAACAUUUAAUUAUCGUUGAUGGAGCCAUCAUGCAACCAAUACCAGAGCAUCCCAAACGUGAUUAUAUAUUCUGCUUGAGUACUGCAUUCGGUGAUGCGUAUCUAUUUCAGGCACCAUGCCAGGUGGAAUUGGAAAAUUGGGUUAACAGCAUUCACAGCGCUUGUGCAGCUGCAUUUGCAAGACAUCGAGGUAAAACCGGAACAUUACACCUACUGCAGGAAGAAAUAUUCCGUAUUGAAAAAGCCAUUGAAUCGGAUCACAAACUUAAACACAUGGCAGAGCUGCAACAGUCGGUGGUUACCGAUCAGGAUACACGACUACAAAUUCAAGGACAAAUUCUCCAGUGGGAAGAAAAUCUUGAACGUUUGCAUUGUGAACAAUUUCGUUUGCGUUGUUAUAUGGCAUCUUUGCAGAGCGGCGAAUUGCCAAAUCCAAAAUCACUAUUAACACAUGUCUCACGCCCUACCAAAAAUACUCUCAAUAAAUUGGGCGUCUUUACGGUUUCCUCGUUUCAUGCAUUCAUUUGUGCCCGUUCACCGUCGUUGCUUAAUAAUUUGCUGGCUGGACGUGGUGCCACCAAACGACGUCCUCCCAUGUUGUCGCGUUCGAAUAGUGGUUCGAGUCGUCGCUCAAUGCAGUUGAAUUCUCGUGAUGAACCGGAAAAAACUUUCAAAGUUGCAAUGCCUGACAAUGCUUACUCGACUGUUUACUUACGUGACGCGAUGUCAGUGGAAGAGUUUCUGGCAAGUGCUUGUGCUAGACGCAAUCUCAAUCCCAUGGAACAUUUUGUACGUGUAAAGAAACGACGUGACAUGGAAGAUCACAAUUACUUUGUGCCACACCGAAACGAUUUAAUCGAAAAUUAUUUACAUAAUCAUGAAUUCGUAGAAGUUUGCAUGAAAAUUUUAUAUCAAGUCGAAUUGCAUCGUACAACUUUGGAGCAAAUGUGGGGUUUCUCGGUUGAAGCUGAACUUAUUGAAAAUGCCGAACGACAAGAUGAGCUGUGCUGUUACGUCAGUCGGGUGGAAGAUAAAAGUGUAGCAAUGCAAAAUGGUAUUAUCAAGGGAGAUGAAAUAAUGGUCAUAAAUGGUGCUAUUGUAUCCGAUCUAGAUAUGAUGUAUCUGGAGAGUGUACUACAGGAGGAGCAGUCAUUAAGCAUGAUGAUGCGCUCAUCCCGCACUGAACCACCAGAUCUUGGUGGCAUAAUGCGUGUUACUGAUGACAUGAUUGAUUCCCUUGUUUGUCCACCACCACCAUCUGAUCCACCAGUAAUGAGCGAAGAAAUGAUUACUGGUUUAAUAGUACCAGCGCCUGGUUGGAAUGGCACUGGCAAAGAUUUAUACUCACCAGAGGCGGAAAGCUCUCCGGCUCCAUCGUUCGUUGAACCGACUGUUGUCACUCAAGUUCUGGGUACGGCCACCAAACCCACGUCACGCACAAGCAGUUUUGAAAUUGAAAAUCUACUGAAAACGGCCGAACAGGAAACUCGCAAGGCAAGCCCCACUGGUUCGGUUACAUCCUCGGUUUCAAAUGCAGCUCUAACGCCCUCUCGCCAACUAACGGAUGCCGAAAAGUUGCGCAAAGUUAUACUGGAAUUAGUGGACACGGAAAAAACAUAUGUCAAGCAUUUGAAUAAUCUAUUGGAAAACUAUUUGGAACCCCUGAAACGCGAAACAUUUUUAUCGAAUGCUGAAAUAAAUGCCCUCUUCGGCAACAUCCAUGAAAUUGUAACUUUCCAAAGACAAUUCUUGCAAAAUCUUGUAGAAGCUUUGGAACUUGAACCAGAGUUUCAUAAACUGGACCAUCCUAGUCAAUAUCGAAAUGUUCUAUUUGCAAUUGGUUCCGCAUUUCUUUACUAUGUAAAUCAUUUCAAACUCUAUUCGUCGUUCUGUGCCAGUCAUAGUAAAGCUCAAAAAGUUUUACAUCCAAAUGAGGGAAAUCAUGCACUGCAAGAGUUCCUAGCUGCUCGUAAUCCCAAACAGCAGCACAGCUGUACUCUGGAAUCGUAUUUGAUAAAACCCAUACAACGUAUACUCAAAUAUCCACUACUGCUGCAGCAAUUGCGUAACCUAACAGAUUCUCGUGCUGAUGAACACUUGCACUUGUGCGAGGCCUUAAAGGGCAUGGAGAAGGUGGCCGAACAUAUUAAUGAAAUGCAAAGAAUACAUGAGGAAUAUGGAGCCAUUUUCGAUCAUUUAUUCCGACAACAUCAAAAGUCGUGCAAACAACCUAUCGAUCUGAGUCCAGGUGAUCUUCUGUAUUAUGGCGGAGUUGAGUGGUUAAAUAUUUCCGAUUUUCUGGGCAAAAUCAAAAAAGGCUUGGAACUUCAUGCCAUGUGUUUUGUCUUUAAAUCAGCGGUUGUGUUCCUUUGUAAAGAGCGUCUUAGACAGAAGAAGAAACUGAUGGGCGUUUCGAGUAAAACUACACCCAAUGAAGUUGAAAUUAUACGCUAUCAGGUUUUAAUACCGGUAACGGAGGUGCAAGUGCGUGCUUCUUCGGCCAAAGACAUGGAUUCGCAUUUCUUGUGGGAAUUGAUACAUCUGCGUUCACAGUUACAGCGUCGCUCCGAAAAGGUCUACGUGCUAUCGAAUAGUACAGCCGAUUUCCGUAAUGCAUUCCUAAAAACCAUACGACAAAUCAUACGAGAGAGUGUUCGUAAUAUGUCUAUUCCUAUGAAGAAUUUCGGUGGCAGCUCAGGAUCAGUGUCCGGUAUGUCAUCGCAGGGUGGUUGUUCGGGUAGUUCACAAACACUAGAGCGACCAAAACAACAAAUUACAAUAAUGCAGGGUUCCCAAACGUUGGGCAAGCCCAAGAAGAAGUCGGGCUCCCAACGCCACUCAGCUGGGAAUAUAGACUAUGAUAACAUCUCCGGCAGUCAGGAAGCAGAAGAUGUACCCUAUCAGGAGCACCAGCAUAUGCACACAUUACACACGUCUACUUUCCGUAGUCGUAGCAAAACCGUUGGUGAUGCUUCCGAUGUUCUGGGUGCAACAGCUGAUCCUCAGCAACACCACUAUCAGCAGCAGCAACAGCAGCAGCAGCAACAACAACAACAACAUCAUCAUCAUCAACAUCUACAUCAACAGAGUGAUAUUGAACGUAUAGAUCCCGGUACUAAAUCCGAAGGCGAAGAGGAAUUCCAACAGGGAACUAUUAAAACAAAAGCCUCACUGGGGCGAACGCCCAAUCAUUUAACAUUAAGCACGACUUCAACGCUUUCCGUUGGCAGUACCGGUAGUCAGGCACGUUUGAUUCAAUCAUCACAUCCGCCAUCAACGUAUCAACCAGUUCUUAUGAAAGACUUAGGGUCCCCGGUGUGGAAACCACGAGACAUGAUAAACUUAGGCGAUGCUCCGUCAACGUCCCGUAAAGACGGUUCCAAAAAUUAAAUUUUAACCAAAUAAAACUAAAUGCAAAACACAAAUACAAAUAAAAUUGUAAUCAAACCAAAUGAAAACAAAAAAAAAUAAUAAUACCACAAACAACCAACAAUCCACAAAAAAACAAAGAAACAAAAAAUGAAAACUUAAGAGAAAACAAUGAAAGUGAGAUCAUCUCCAAACUGUCACAAUAUCAAGCACCCUUAGAUAUGUAUAACAAUUAUAAAAUACACCCCCGCCCCCCACUUCCUAUCAUCUAAGACCUUCCUUACUCCUGAACUUCCCGAUGAACAAUUUCCCCUAUACUAGAAUGAAACAUUUUAAUUAAUUACGUACUAACGGUAGUUUUAAGUAUUGAAAGAUCAAACGCAAACACACGGAUUAUCAACAAAUUGUUACAAAAUAAAAUGAAAUAAUUAAUGAAUAAAUGAAUUAAACAAAACCAAACAAAACAAGAAUACUACAACAAAUACAAUAUAAAGCAUAAUUUGAUCGUAAUGCAUUUGUUUCUGAAAAGACUUGAAGAUUAAUUUUAUAUAAGAAAAACCAAAAAAAAAACCAUUAAUAAAAUUAAAAAUCUCCAAAAAAUAAAAAAAAUAUAGCAUUAACAUUUAUACAACAAAACACUACAUUGAAUAAAUUUAAAUUAAUUAUAAAGAAAAGGAAAAAACAAAAACAAAAAUUAAAUUAUGUAACAAAAACAAAGUAAACAAUUUGCAACUAACAAAUUAUAAGAAACUUCUCUAGACUUAUAGAAAGAAAACGUAAUUUAAUUAAAACAAAAUUUAGUUAAUGAAAAUCUUUAAACAAUUAAUUAGAAAAAUAAAAUAAAACAAAAUUCAGUUCUGGCAACACAAACAAACACACACUAUAAUAUUCGACCUCCAUUUACAAACUAAACACCCCCCCACCCUCAAUCCUUACACACGCACUCACUCUCACACAUCCAUACAAAAAUGAGAAACAAAUAAAUUUAAAUUAAAAUGAAAAUAAAAAUAAAAACAGUUAGUUAAUUAAUUAAGUAAUUAAAUCACAUUCAAGUUAAAUUUAUAAAGAGAAAAAACAAACAUUCAAACAAACAUACAUGCUGCAUACUCACUCGUUCGUUCGUUCGUAUACUGACAACCCACUCUCUCUCUCUCCCCCGUACCCCCUCGUACAUGUAGUUAAUACUCGUACUCGUAACUAAAAUUAAAAACAAAACAAAUACAAUACAAUUAACUUAAAUUAAUAGUAAAUAAUUUUAUGUGAAAUUUCAAAAUAAAAAACAAAUAAGAAAAAUUAAAUAGAUUUUAAGUCACCUUUAAUAAAAAAAAAAAAUAAAUAAAUUAAAAAUAAUAAAACCUCUAACAAAUCAACCACAACUACACUUUUUAUAUGUUGCAUACACACGUACAUACAGCGUACAGCUGUUGUCAGCUAAUUAGAAAUGAAAUUUAGUGACAGACUUCGGUUAGUAUUAUUUAUUUAAAUAAUUAUUAUUCAAUAUAUUGUAACAAAAUAAGAUUUCAAUAGGUGUAAAGAGCCAGGCAACCUACAAUUCCGGAAUUUUUGCAGGACUUUGCUUUGUUUUUUAAAACAUGUUUAUUGUUUUAAACAAAUUUAUUUACUUUUUUAUGUCCUUGGUAAUUACUAGGGGCGGAUUUUCAUGCCUUUUCGAGUAAGAAAUGUUGUAGAGUUAAUGUUUUGAAUUUGAUAACAGCGGCUUCAAAUAUAUACCGAUUUCCUCCAUUUUUCCUUUAUUGGACUAAUAAAAAAUGUAUGUGUCAAACCAAAAAAUGAAUUGUUUAAAAAUCUUGAUUGACCCAAAGUUAUAUGCAACUAAACAAUUUCUAAGAAAAGCAAAAUUUACAUUAAAUAUUUUAAAUGAAAACAAAUUGGAAAAUUGUUGAUACCGAGGGGACCAGGCCCACGCCUAUUUUGUAUGUAAAAUUCAGCUUUAGGGCAACAAUUCCCAAAUCGCGUAGUCGAUAUCAAAAUAAAGUAACCCAUUUUAGAUGACCAAAUAUGUUUAUAAUUAUUUUGUAAAGGGUUCCGAUAACAUCAACUAUGUUAUGGAUGUUACAGCCUAAAAACUUAAAAAUUCCAUUUUUGGGAUUUUUUCAACACUUUUUUGGGAAUUACGGUAUACCUGAUUACAAAUUUCAAAAUUUUUUAAAAAAAAUAUUCAUAAAUAAUAAUUUAAUUUCAAUUUGAAAAAAUUUCUAUCUUUGCAAAAACUCAAUAAAAAACAAUUCUUGUCUUAUUUUCAAAAAAGUUUUCCAUGAAUUUUGUAAUUGUCAAAAGUUAUAUAUGUACAGUAGCCCAAGAAAGUCUACAUACAGGAAAAAUAUUAUAUUACUUUAAUUUAAAGCAGUUUUUUUUAGUUUUCUUUUAUGAAAUAUAAAUAAUAAAUGUCGAUUUUAGCAAAAAAAAUUCAAAUAACGCCCAAAAGUUCACCGUUAUUAGAGUUAUUGAUUCUGAGUAAAAUAACGAAAAAAUUAUUCUCGGUCACGCCUACUUUUGGGUGGUCGGGACUAUUAAGUUUCAUAAUAUUUUGAACAUUAAAGCCAAAAAAAACAAAAAAUUUUUUCGUUAUUUGACUCAGAAUCAAAAAAUUUAAUAACGGUGAAAUUUUGGAAGUGAUAGGAAAUGUUGCUAAACCCGAUUUUUUUUUAGUGUGAAUUUAUUUUUUUAACAAAUAUAUUUCACUACUUUUAACUUACAAAUACAGCUUUCAACGAAAGAAAUUUAAUUUGAAUUCCUGUAUGUAGACUUUAUUGGGCUACUGUAUAUUGUUUAUUUUUGAAAAAUAAACAAAAUCCCCUAUCCAUGGAUAUAUAACCUAUAAUUGAAAAAAUCACGAUAUGUAUAGUGUUGGCUGAUCGAAGAUUGAAAGUGCAAGAUAUUGUGGAAGCCAUAGGUACAUGGCCCAGUGAUUUCAAUUUUGAAUGAUCACUUGGGUAUGAGAAAACUUUCCGCUAGAUGGCUGCCGCGUUUGAAAGGUGAAACUACAUAUCUUUCAAAAAAAAAACAAUUUUAAAAGUAGAUUCAAGAGUAAAUAAUUAUGAUGUUUCGUAGUUGUAACUUUCAUUUCACUAAACGAAGUGAUCGAGAAACACUAGAAGUAUAUCCGUACUCCACGGACUCAAACAGAACAGAAUUACUACUGUAUGAGAACCCCUGCAUAUUUGUUAUACUGUGUAAUUAACUAUAGAUCGCUAAAUGCCCAAAAAAUACAGAACAGACUAGAUCUCAAUAAAUUAUAACAAGAAUUAAAUAUGUAAUAAAUUCUUUUUAAAUUAUAGUUGUUCUUCUGAAAAAACGACGAAUAUAUUAAUUCUGAAUACAUGUUUAACGACAUAAUCUUUAGAGCCAUGGUAGGCGUUCAUAUUGUUGAGGUUACGAUGAUUUUCGUCAAACAACCCGAAUGUGAACAAAAGAGC